GGUGUGGAUCACGUGGGUGGAGCGAACAGCUGAUCGAGGGGCGGGGCCGUCUCCCCUGGCAGCCCGGCAUAUCCACCUCUUGUACAGUAUUCGCUAUCAUCUGUAACGUUCCUUUACAGUGUUCCUUCAGUGUCAAAUUUCAAUAUAUAUUCGUUGUUUGAAAUCAUUAACAUUUGUAAAUAAUAAUAAUCAAAAAUAAAUCAUCCCCGUGUGGCGGCAAUCAGAAGCCAAGGGAACGCGUCGUUCGUGAAGGAGGAGCGGUUGUCUACAGGAGAGAUAAACGCGGACCGGGCCCAGCAGUUGCUAAGUGCCGAGGUUUGAAUGACGCCGACCCCUGCCCGCUGCUUGCCGGGCAACCACUGGCGAGGAACGAUGAACCAAGUGGGACACCUCGAGGGUGGCGGCGGCGGUGCGUGGCCAGCGCAAGCGGCGCAGCAAGAGCUGCUCGACUCGGUGCUGCGCUCGCUGCUGGUCCUGGAGCCGCCGGGCGACUGGGGCAGCAUCGCUCGGCUCGUGCCCGGCUGCAGCGCCGACGAUUGUGCCCGGCGUUUCGAGGAGCUGAAGAGGAGAAGCGCCGUCCUCUCGCUCGUUCCCAGGGCUCAUCCGGCAGGUGACGAUGGGCCGGACGCGCCGUUCCAGGCUUUGGUCGGGCACAUCAAGGACUUGCUGCUGCUGCGUUGCGCCAUGAAGGCGCAGCCGUCAGCCCAGACGGACGGCGUGGCGUGCUGGCCCCCAGAUGUUCCUGCUACAUCUCCUGCCAAAACCGGGCUCCACAAGGAGGAAGAUGCAGCUGAUGUUGCAGAGCCAAAGAAGUCAACGGAAAGUCAAGGGCCCACGAUGGUGAUCCACGUGUGCGACGAGGCGCGUGGCGUCAAACGCGACUUCAGCUGCCCGCGCCAGCUGCUGGUGCAGGAGAUGCGCUACUUCUCUGAAUACCUCUCCAUGGAGGCCCAGCGCUGGGAGGAGGUGGACAUCUCGGUCCACUGCGACGCGCACAUCUUCGACUGGCUCAUGCGCUAUGUCAAGCGCAACACGCGGCUGGCCGACCGCGGAGAGCAGCCGCAACUUGAACCAAACAACGUAAUCUCAAUUCUCAUCUCGUCAGAAUUCCUAAAAAUGGACUCUUUGGUGGAGGAGUGCGUGCGGUACUGCCAUGCCCACAUGGCCGAUGUGGUGUCAGCCCCCUCCAACAUGAACUGCAUUGGCGAGGAGCUGGUGAUGCGCAUCGCGGACCUGUUCACUCACAGCCAGGCCGAGGAGCUCAAGGAUCGCAAGGACAAGUUUAGGAGUAAAAUCUUCUGUAAGAAAAUCGAGCGGCUGUUCGACGCGGAGCACAAGAACCUCGACUCUCCCAGCUCCGCCGCCUCGCUUUACAGGUGCCGGCUCUGUCGGAGGCUGCUGACCAAGGACACGCAGAGCAAGCUGCCCUGCGUGCGCAGCCAGAUGCUCAUCGACCGCCACGGAGAGAUUCUGUAUCGCCAUGUCAGGGAAAGCGGCUGGGACUUAUACGUGUAUCUCUCGGCGCUCCACAAGGAGCUCAAGUCGUGGCGCAACGUCUACUGGCGCCUCUGGGGCACCGUCAACUACCUCACCUGCUCCCGCUGCAAUCAGGUUUUCUUGUGCAAGGAUUUAUCCCAUUGCCUGUACCACACGCACCCGGCCCUGUACGGGGAUGACUGGGAGGCUGGCGCGCCCACUGGCUUAGGGAUCUAUCCCUGCUGCAAGCAGCGCACGAUCCGCUUUGAUCCCUUGCAGCGCAGCAAGGGCUGCAAAGUGCGUGACCACGUGGUGUCACGGGCGAGUGGCGAAGCCGGGCCCAGUGCACGGGUCCACCAGGACCUCCUGCUUCACCGCGACGCUGUGUGCGUGCCUUUCACGCCAUCCGCCAGCAGCGACUGGACCGCCGCGGUCGCCACGGAGGUAAAGAAGCACGAUGGUGAGGGCGCUACCAACAUUGCGGGUUUAAAGAAAGUGGCAGAUGUGUUAAAGGUCCAGGCCCUGCUUUCUGAGGAUGAUGAUUACACGACGGGGUCAGAGGUGACAGAUGAUGAAGUUGGAGACGAGGAGGAAGUGCACAAGAAGAGAGGUAAGAAACAGACCAAGAAGUCCAUCAAAGCCAGGAAGAAAACCUCUCGCACGCCUCAGAAAGAAAAGGUAAACCUGUUGAGCCCUUCCCCAUUCAACGUGUGCGCGCAGCGGAAGAAGUGGGACGUGUGCCGCUCCAUGAGAUACAAUCAGGACACCCAGCGUGAGGAGGACCAGCGCAGGAUGAAUGACUUCUGCGCUUACCUCGCCAAGCUCCGCUUCAGUGAAAGCACCGAUCGGGGCAAGACCAGGGAAGUUAAAGAGUACCCGGGUGGGAUCUACAUGAAGCUGGAGGCCCAGUUCCGAGCCUCGCUGCCAUUGUCAAGGCAAGGCGGAUCCUCACAGCAGGUCGCAAGGUUGAAGGCGCGAAUCACCUCGAUGAGAGGGGUGCAGUUAUGAGGACGAACGCAGGGGGAGCACGAAGGGAACUCAUCGUAACCACGUGCAGGUUUUCCGUGGCCGCUCUGUACGGCUGUUCGAUGUGUUUUCGGGUUGUGCCGCAUGUUAUUCGGCAUAAUGUCCGACAUUUCGCUCCACGUGCCGAGAGCUUCUUCAGCCCCUCCAAACACACUGAAGAGCAACCACCAACACUCAGGCCAGACCUCGGCUGCACGGCUCAGCAAUCGCUCACAGCGCCGUUCCCUGCAGCAGUGUGUGUGUGUGUGUGGCAGGAAAACUUAUUUUGAUAAAUACAGAUGCAGCUUUUGUCAGCGUUUUAAAUAAGGAUUUUUGUUUUUGCUAUGAUCAAUAUUUAACUACAGUAUGUGGUACUAGAGGAGCUCUGUAGAGCUCCUUCUAGUGAAGGCCCUUCCACCAGCAGCCGCGCAAGUGAGAAAUUGCAGGGCUGCACCUUUACCUAAAAAUAAAAUGUUUAACGGUCACGGUAUUAUAAAUGGCGUAUUUGGUUAUAAGUAUUUUAAAAACCAAUGUUGUAGGAAUGCCGCAGAUACAUGGGUUGUAAAACCAAUUGGAACUAGUUUUCAUAUGGAGAGCUGACCUAUGGACUAAAACUACUGUUAUACAUAAAGACUGAACGUCUUGUGAAGAUGAUGUAUUGCUGUAUUGGCAGAUGAUAGUACAGUAUGCAUAAACCAAAGUUUUAGUGGCUGUUGGUGUAGAAUUUAUUUUACGAGGUGAGGGCUACUGAGCUACGUAGCUCAACGAAGUGGCUUAUCGCAUGGAAAUUUAUAGCAGCCAAAUGCUCUAAAUGCAUGUUUCUAAAUUUGGAGGGGGAAGCUAGAGGAG